AUGACGAUGAAGAGAAUUAGCGAUGAAGAUGGCGAAGAGAAAUGGGCGAAGCAUUACUCUUCGAAUCAUCAGAUACUGUUAGUUGGAGAAGGAGAUUUCUCUUUCUCUGUGAGUCUGGCGACGUCUUUUGGGUCUGCUUCCAACAUUGUAGCCUCUUCUCUCGAUUCUUACGAUGUUCUUAUCAAGAAAUACAAGAGAGCAAAAAGAAACUUGGAAAUUUUGGAUAGUUUUGGAGCUCAACUAUUACAUGGGGUUGAUUCGACCAAAAUGAAACUUGAUGCUUAUCUUCGAAUGCGAAAGUUUGACCGGAUAGUAUAUAAUUUCCCACAUGCCGGUUUUCUAGGGAAAGAAAGUGAUCACUUGGUCAUCAUGAUGCAUAGAAGUUUGGUUCGUGGGUUUUUCAGGAACGCAAGUGGCAUGUUGCGUCGGAAUGGUGAAGUUCAUGUAACCCACAAGACUGCAUGCCCGUACUACUGUUGGAACAUCAAAGAAUUAGCAACCCAAUAUUGCUUAACAUUGCUUGAAUGUGUCAAGUUCAAGAUUAAGGAUUAUCCUGGUUACAAAAACAAAAGAGGAGAUGGUAGGAAUCCCGACCACCCAUUUCCUCUAGGGAAGUGCAGUACUUUCAAGUUUAUAUUGUCUUCAAAAGCCAAGAAAUUAAGCACCUCAAAGCAUAGAAACCCUCAACAACCUCAAGAGAUUCCAUUACAAAGAGCAAAUGAAAGGUUUGCGAUGAAUCCUUUCCCAGUUAUGAUGAACAAGGAAUGCUUUCGGGUUUUCAAGGAGUAUUUUAAUCAUGCAUGUUCGAGCUCUGGGGAAUCUCAUGACAAUCUUCCCUAUCGUGAUCAGGACAUGCUAAAAAUUGGGUAUGAAAGAUACAAUGCCGAAAAUAAUGGAAAACCUUUGGAUGGUUAUGUAUGUCUUGUAGAAGAACUCCGAAAGGUUAGUAGACAGAGGGUAGCAUUCUUGCGAAACUGGUUGCUGGAAAUUGCUCACCAGUACUUGUCGGUUCAGGUUCGACCCGAGAAAAGGUUAGCUUGA